AUGGACACCACUCCCGCUUGUCAUGUCGUAUAUGUCGACCGCACCAUCAUGCGCGAUUGCCCUGUACUCGCUAGCCCCUCGAAUCCGUUACCCGCCGAUUGGCAGCGCAGUACGCGCCAAGUCGUCCAGGCCCUUGUCGAGGUCUUUGGCAAUGUUCAAGUAUGCGGCACCGGCUCUGCCUGCCUGUCAAAGGUCUUUGAGCCCUACCACCACCACAUGGUCGAGAUGAAGCCCACGGUAGUGCUGCUCGACACGCCCAACGACGACUCCAUCCUGCGCGAUUAUCCCCGACCGACGUCAUCCUCGUCCACCACGUCGCCCUCCAGGCGUCGCCUUCCUGCCUCCGAGGUCCACACCCCCGACAAUGAGCUUCAAGGCCUCGACCUCAUGCAGAAGCUUAUAGUCGAGGCCCGUCUGCGCAACAUUGCCAAGCUGGUCGUUCCCGUACCCAUCAUACGUCAACCCGAGCUCGAGCCUGCGCCGGCCGAGCCUACGUCGACUGAAACGGCACAGGCCAUGACGGAUGGCGCCGUCGAGCAUCAGCCGAUGUCGAGCGGCUUAGCCAAUAACCGUGACAUCAUUAGGAGAUGCCUCGAACUUGGUGCAGCUGACGUCGUCAUCGGACCUCUCAGUCAGCGUUGUAUCGCUACCCUCGAGACGUGUGCCUACCGUGCACACCGCGACGCCAUCAAGGAGCACGAGGAACUUCUCGAGAUCAAGCGAGGCCGUCAGCGCUCUUGGGUCGGCGUUAGUGACGAGAAGCCCUUUGCCUAUCUCCGUGAGGCCAUGGUGUCAGGCCUCAUGAAGCGCAUCUGUCGUCUUGGCCCCGAGGACAGCCAGAUCACCGGCAUCCAAAUUUCCGUCUCGUCGGAGCGGCAGGCCGAGAUUGCAGACGCUGUUGGCCACUGGCACUUUUCUGCGCACUUGUUUACGGACGACGAGCUCGUUGUCGCCAGCAUGAUCAUGUUCAAGCAUACUCUCAGUAUGCCUGAUCUGGAAAAGUGGCGCAUACCCACAGACCAAUUGAUCAAUUUCCUGGCAGCCUGCCGAACCACGUACAACAACUUUGUUCCCUACCACAAUUUUCGCCACGUCGUCGACGUCCUGCAGGCCACCUUCAACUUCCUCGUCCACAUCGGCUCCAUUGCACCCUAUCCGGGACCCUUGGGAGGCUCGGCCGCGCCCACCGAGGAGAAGUCGCCGAUCGGAUCUCUGAUCGAACCGUUUGAGGCUCUCACGCUGCUCAUCACAGCCAUCGGUCACGAUGUCGGACAUCCAGGCGUCAACAACGGUUUUCUGGUAACGCUGAAUGCCCCGCUAGCACAGCUGUACAAUGAUCGCUCCGUUCUCGAGUCGUUCCACUGCGCUGCUUACUCACAGAUCCUGCGUCGAUACUGGCCUGUCGCCUUUGAGGACUGCAAGAUGCGGAAACUCAUGAUCAGCUCCAUCCUUGCCACCGAUAUGGGCCUUCACUUUGACUACAUGAAGAAGCUCGGCGACACCCAAGAAAAGCUCCAGGAAAACAACAGCACUGAUGGCUGGAAUGGCCGCCAGAUUGAAGAGCAGAAGGCAUUGGCCUGCAGUCUCUUGAUCAAGUGCGCCGAUAUCAGCAAUGUGGCGAGACGAUACGAUGCCGCGGUACAGUGGAUGCACAUACUAUCCGAGGAGUUCUCAAGACAGGCAUCCAUGGAAGAUGAGCUGCAGAUCCCCUCGGCUCUCAUGGCACCGCCAAAGAAGGACAUCAGCUCUCUGGUCAAGGCCCAGCUAGGUUUCAUGAACCUGUUUGCCAUCCCCCUGUUCCAGGGCGUUGCCGAUGUCAUGCCCGGCAUGAUGUACACGGUGGAGGAGCUGGACAUCAACAAGGGUCUGUUCGAGCGCAUGGUGGAAGAGGAGAAGAUGAAGGAGCUCCAGGAUGAGACCACACGCCACCGCCUACUGAAAGAAGCUGGCACCUUCUCCCCGAGAACCAUGAGCUUCGCGGUCGCUGAGACGCAGGAGUCCAGGAGGCAGUCGACAGUGCAGACGCAGCAGGACAGCAACAACAAGAUGAUGACGGUCGAGGAUGCGGCCGAGGCUCCCGCUGAGAUGCCAUCAUCAUACCUGCGUAGCGAAAGGCAAGAAGAGACAAGGGCGAUGCCAGUGACGCCCCAGAAGCCCUCGACGACGGCGACGACGGACGGGAGUGGCAAUAUCUCGUCCUUCGAUGCCGUGCUGCAGCUCGCAAACAGCGACCCAUUCAACAGCAACGGAGCGGGCGGUCUCUUCGAGGUAGACGCGCAGCGCUGCAGCGAGGCGACGGAAGGCAGCUUUUCGGCCGGGCUGACAGGUGACUGGGCGUCCCAAGCGACGAGCGCCAACACGGGCAUGAUGCCCAUCUCACCGAGCACCCAGGGCACGAGCAUCGUGAGCAGGGAAUCCACCGAGCGGCUGCCAUGCAACGAGUCGACACCCGAGGGCACGCCGCGAGCGGUCGAGGACGACAGGUCGCUCUCGAUAACAGUAGCAGGAGCAGCGACGCCAGCGAUGGGGUCGUCUCCGUCGUCGACCAUGAUGAGGUACGAGGAUGGGUCCUCGACCAACGACUUCGACAUGUCGACAUCGGUGGGGAGCCUAGGCAAGGCUGAAGGAAAGUCACUUCGCAAGAAGCCUAGCCGGUUUCGCAUGAGGGAUUUCCCGUUUUUUAAGAGAAACAACAAGGGUGCGAACCCGUCACCGCCACCACCACCACCGAGGACGACAGACUCUCCCACCAGUACAAGCUGA